CCCCGGCCGGUCGCGAAGCAGUCAACGAAAGCGUACAAGACGACGCGGACGACCGGCUUCUUCGCCGGCCGGCUGAAGAGGACCCCCAGCGUCGACAGCACCAGCUCCGACCUCGUCAGGCUGCGCUCGUCCGCCCAGCCGCCCGCCUACACAGAUACCGAGGAGUUCCGAGUUUAGGCCGUUUACCUGCAUAAUGGCUGUCUCGCAACCAAAACCCAAAGGAAGGUCGAUGCCGAACGACGUCCGGACUAGAGCAAAACUUGGGCAGGGCAGUGGAUGUUGUGACGGGUGGCGACACAUGAACGAGCGUAUCAAGCAAUCAUGGACUCGCGGGCCUGUGAACGUCGAAAAGACUCCCUUGUCGGGUUGAGUCAUAGGACCUUUUUUUUUUUUUUUUUUUUUUUGGUCAACGUCGCCACUGGAGUUAUGGUCCGGGAUACCCAAUCAAUGGAAUUACAUGCACCCGAUGCAUCCCCCGGAACGACGUUUUUCUUCUUUUUUUCGCUAUGGAUCCGCACAGCCAGCAAACACCCAAGGGAUCCCACCUCAUACCUCAUAUCAGGUGCUUUUGAUGUCAAGAAAGCUGCCUCCCGGCUUGGCAAGCACUUCUUGCCGCCAGAAGCCGCCUGCUCCGCCUACUCCGCCUGCCCCGCUUGCUCUGAGCCGUCCCGUCGGCUUCCCAACCCCGAUAGGAAAACCGGCAAACGAGGUUCGAGAGAGGGUUUUUCUUUUUCAUUUUUCGCCCUCUUUUUUAGUCCAGCAGGAGCAAGAGAUACAUACAUACAGCCACUUUAUUAGGCUUGAUGUGCCAGCAGAGAAUUGUGGCUCAUAGAAGAACCAGGUUAGUAAAUAUGGUAGCACAAGAACACCGUAAACGUCAACGAGGAACAU